AUCCUUCUCCUCAAAUAUUCAACAGCGGUGUCGUUUAUCGCAUUUGCGAUAGGUGCCUAUGGGGCCGGUGGGCCAUUCGCACAGAUCGCUCAGGUUGUUGGGUUCAACCAGACUCUCCCACUCUGUGCACAAGCAUGUCUAACUCUGUCCUUCCAUGACUGCGGCUGUGAAUUAGCAAACAUCAACUGUACCUGUGAUGGCGACAAUACCAACGUCUUCGCAACCACUGCAAGGAGUUGUACCGAGAAGGCGUGUAAAGGAACAGAUUUGCAAGUCGCUCUUGAGCAGAUGAGCAGCCAGUGUCGAGUCACGGCAAGCACUAGUACCACAACGUCUACCACAACUUCUGGAACAAGUACUAGCACCACUUCAACAUCCACAUCUAGUCCAACCAGCGAACCAACAUUAACUCCCUGUCUCGCCGACCCCGACGCACCAUCAGCCUCUCAAUGUGACCAAACAACCGCGUGCGUAGAAACAAAUACGCAGAACUCUACAGGUGGGACCGGGUACUUCUGCGCCUGCCGAAGUGGAUACAAAUCUGACGUCCGCAAUAACGAUCCAUAUCUGCCAUCACAAUGGAAAUUGUUCUGGCCCGGGCAGGAGAGCCGGGUAUUUGUCAAACCUGGAGUGAAAUGCGACACGCUAUGCGAGGGCUGGAUGCUUGGAGCAGAUGGGUGCCAGGAGGUGUCACUUCACGGGAAGGUUUUGAGAAGAAACAGCGAAGAGGAGGGGCUGUUGAUCGAAAGACAUAACAAAGACGAUGAGGAUAGGGCUAAGAAACGCAAAGGGGAGGACUCUAGCAUACCGUUCGUUUUUACAUCAUUUCUGUCCCUGCUGCUUGUAUUGUUAUUGUAACACGAG